GCUUGAGUGACUUGACAAGCGGUAAAGACCCUGGCUCCACCAGUAAUGUGGCCAAUCCCCAACUUUAGUUCCAGCCCCUGUUCUAGACUAGACCCCUGGUUCAACCCCGCACUCCGCGUCAAUGGCCAAAAGCACGACAUUGUGCCACCAUCACGACAUCGGCGUUUUUUCAUGAGGUUUGGAAUAUGCAAGUCAUAAUGCCUCAGCGCGAUGGGGGAGCGAAAGAUCGGCAGACGCGCCUGCAAUGGGUGCAAGAUCCGCAAGGUCAAAUGCUCAGAGGUCCCACCAUGUAAAAGCUGCAUUAGCGCUCGCAUCGAAUGCACCUUCACGGAGCGCCGGGGAAACCGCGGACCAAAAGCUUUGAGGCCAAAAACGCUGAUAUCGAUUGCUCAAACACAGCAGAAAGGCUAUCCUAGUGUGGAAGAUGAGGGUUCUUUCGCAGAUGAGUCUCCGGAAAGUCGGAUGGAUGUUCCUGCUUCGCCGGGUCCCUCAAUUGUACCGUCGUCCAUACCUCCCGAGGUUCCGCUUAAGACUCCGAGUUCGUCCCUUAUAGUGCAACUAUGUGUAUAUCGACUUCGUUUAUACCCAAUAUGGCCGAUCGUGGCGGUAGAAGAGAUAAUGGGGUCGUUGCAGGGAGACGUGCAAGACAUGGAGAUGUAUGCUCUCGCAAACGCAAUAGGGGCGGCAACUAUUGCCCAGCUGAAGCUAAACCAGACGGGAAUAAGCACAGCUACCGGAAGUUCAAUGGCAGAAGAAUGUCAGCGAACGAAGCUUAUGGGUAAGAACGGACAGAGUGCAAACCUAAACAUCCUGCGAAUAGCGUUUUUUCUUCAUAUCUAUUAUGAAAACCAGGACCAGGGUGGAGUCAAGUCUCUGCUAUUUUUGAGGGAAGCGAUUACGAUUGCGCAGAUUAUGGGGUUGCACCGAGAGUCAUCCUAUCUAUCACUCCCUCCGUCAGAGCAACAGCUACGACGACGCAUUCUUUGGUUGCUGUUUGUAACAGAAAGGGGCGUAGGAAUACUCUACAAACUUCCAGUUAUCUUAAAACCUAAUGUGCUCUUCCCAGCAAUGGAUGGCGACGACGAGACACAGAUCCUGCCUGCUUUCCAGAAACUUGUGGAUCUCUUCUGGACAUUUGAUCAGUCGCGUGCCUUCGAAAUACUUGAGGGCUCGAGUGCAGACGUGUUCGAAACAGGCGACAUGGAGUCAGCCCGCCAAAACUCUCUCUACGCUCUUCACAAAAAGCUACAAGAGGUCUCUCUUGACUGGGACUCUAGCAGCGAAGUCCAACGCGCCGAUAUAUGUGUCACGCGUCAAUGGAUGCGUGCUGUUCUGUGGAAAGCAUCAAAUAAUUAUGAGAGGCUAAACAAAGGGAGCAGAAUAACCUCUCUGGACCAUCCAAUUCAGAUCGCGAGGGAGUUCCUGGGCUUUAUAUCGCAGCUUCCCAGUACAGCACUUGAAGCUCAUGGACCAACUAUGGAAACGAAAAUUUACGAGAUCGCAAGUACAGUGGCGGAUGCAGUUGCCAACAAUGACACAGUCUCGUGGAUUUCGCCUUAUCGGCCAAUAGACAUACUCGCCCAGCUUCAACGGAUACUUGCGUCGAUAAGGGGUGGAAACGAAGCACUUGAACGGAUGCUGUAUAGCAAGACAGCUUGCGUUCAGGGUAAUCUGUUGAUGCUCGUGGAACCAAGCUCUCUCAUAGAGGACUUGGACGACGAAUGGCUUGAGAAUAAUACGCUCUUUCCGAAUGAUCCAUUCUAUCUAAAUUUAGGGCCUAUUUCUACGGGAGACGCUGAAGCUGAAAUGAUGUCAGGCUAAUCAGCCAGACGAUGGAUAGGUUAUAUAAGUUACUGUCCUACAUCGAAGACUCAACUCAAGAAAUCAGCAUUGUGGGACAUGCUGGGCACAUUCUCGGUUUAUAGCGCACUAGUUUGAGUCAUGACUAAUGUUUAUCUGACCCGUGUUCACCUUCAGCAGCCCACAUUCCACGCACAACUCCUCGAUUCACACAAGAGAUCAGAGCUGCUGGCGCAACUGGCUCUAGAAACUAUCUGGCCUCACUGUGCAGCAAAGCAUGUUCACCCUCAAACGCAGAACUUAGUCCAGGAUCCAAGAUUGCAGGCAACAGUCAUGACCUCUUCGCCGGUGAAACAAGGCAGGCAGCUAUUCAUCAUCCGUUGAUGAGCCUCUGUAGGAAGUGGUACUGAGAAAAGAGCACAGUGAUCCCGAAGAUAAACUCCUGCAAAGGCCUGACACAAGUUGAAACCGUCCAGCACGUUUAUACUGGCUGUGGUGCUUCUGCCGUAGCAUGUAGCUAGCUCUUCUUCAAAAAUGAGAAUAAGGACGAAGAUUUGGGUUUCGUCUCAACAACUUCAAGGCUACCGAUCUGUAGUUCUUCCCUGUGCUUAUUCAAGAUUGCAUCUCUGUGAUACUUCUGGAAUUUCUUUGUGGCAUCUUUGCCACUAACAGUUUGC